CCUAGGUGGGAAGAGGGAACCUGGAGAUCCUUGUGUAUCUCCUUCCUCUUCUGUAGUCAUCCAAGUGGCUCCCGGAUGGAAUUCCUCAGACGUCACUGCUGGGGAGGCCCCGUGCAUGCCUGAAGAAGGCACAUGCUGGACAGCAGCAUACCUGGGUCCUGGGCGGACGGGAAGUGCCAGGGAAAGAAGGAAGUUCCGAGAAGGAGAGGGAGCAGUCAGCAUGUGGGUGGGUGGGGAGACUGGAGUUCCAGCUGACCCUGUCCCAGCUGCAUCCCAGGUUUCUCAGGCACCCCCAGCCAACGCCUGCUCAGGCGUCCUGCCUCCCAGCCCCUGUAAUUAUGGCGCUUCCCCAUGUGCAGUUUGCUCUCAUUCUUGGGCUUCCAGGAGCUACAAGGGAAGAAAGGUGGACAUCCCUGUGAUUAUGAAGAUGCCAGAUGGGUACUGAUUGCUGCAGGGUGUGAAACAAAAGUGGGGUGACCCUGGGUCUGGGUCACUGAUAGGGAGAACCAAGCAGCUGGGUCCUGGGCUCUGGGACUAAAAUGAGGGACGCUGCCAUCAAAGGUUACAUGCUAGCCUCCAAACAGGUUUGACCAGUUUGGUUCUGGUUCCUUGUUUCAUUGGGCCAGCCUGUCCCCAGAAACUGGCCUCCUCCUCUCCUUCCUCCCCUAUAAAGCCUCUGGGGUUCCCAAGCACCCAGACUCAGCCCGCCCCAGCUUUGGGGGCAGGAGACAGCCAUGUUGCUGAACUGGAAGCUACUGGGGGUCCUGGUUCUUUGCCUGUAUGCUGGAGGCAUCUCAGGCAGUGGGGACCACCCCUCUCUCCCACCCACAGAGGCCCAAGAGGAGGAAGGCUCCCCAACAUUUCCUCAGGGUCCUCCAGUCCCUGGGGACCCCUGGCCAGGGGCACCCCCUCUCUUUAAGGAUCCUCCACCUCCAGGCUCCAAUCACCCUUGGAGAGAUCCUGAAGCUGGAGUCUGGCCCCCUGAGCCGCCCAGAACUGAUCCACCUCAACCUCCCCGGCCUGAUGACCCCUGGCCAGCAGGACCCCAGCCCCCAGAAAACCCUUGGCCCCCUGCCCCGGAGGUGGACCACAGAGCUCAGGUGGAGCCAGACCUUGACCCACCCAGGGAAGAGUACAGAUAAGGAGAUGUCCAGAGCUGCCCCUGCUCCCAGGCAUCUCCAGGAGCAGUGCACCCAACCCUGUCUCCAUCCUCUGAUUUCUCUUAAGUUCUACCCAAUUUAGCCCACCUCCCUAAGUCCCUUCCUCAUUCCCUCAACACUCAGAAAGUGUUGUUCUCAAUAUUUUCUGUCACCUCCUGAGACCUAUAUUUGGCCCUCAUAUUUCCCCUCUGUUUUUCUCUGAAAGCCUAAGCAUACCCUUCUACCUCAUGUCCCAUCCUCUGCUGCCACCAACUUCCUCCCCAUGUUCUCUGCCCUACCCGGGACCUCGGGGCAGGGCUGCUAGCGCUGUGCUCCCGGCUGCCACCUGGCGGCCUACUGCUGGGAACUAUCAGUAGACAACGACGGUGCUUCCGUGAAAUGGAAAAAUAAAAACUGUUUUCUUAAUUCUGACUCUCUAGGCUGCUGCUUCUUCACAUAUAGUCUUUUUUUGUUUGUUUGAUUGUUUGGCUGGGGCUGGGUUUGAACCUGCCACCUCCGGUAUAUGGGGCUGGUGCCCUACUCCUUUGAGCCACAGGCGCCGCCCUCUUCACCUAUAGUUAGGUGAGGUUUUUUUGUUUUGUUUUAGAAACAGAGUCUCACUUUAUCGACCUCGGUAGAGUGCGGUCGCGUAACAGCUCACAGCAACCUCCAACUCCCGGGCUUAGACGAUUGUUUUGCCACAGCCUCCCGAGUACAGGCGCCUGCAACACUGCCCGGCUAUUUUGUUGUUGCAGUUUGGCCAGGGUCGGGUUCAAACACGCCACCCUCAGUAUAUGGGGUUGGCGCCCCAUCCACUGAGCCACAGGCACUGCCCUAUAGUUAGGUUUUUAAUAUUCAGUUGCCCUCCUCACAAUCCUAAGCUUACAGAGUAAUUUGAGUUCC